UCGCGUCCGCGUCCAUCCUGAACUUUUCCUCCAGAUUCAGUAAUCUGACACCGACACAAACCCCAAAAAGCAGAGGAUGGAUUCCCAACUUCAUUCGCAAAAAUAGCUCGGCGAGAUCAGACGAGAAAAACCACGGAGACAACGGCCGGCGAAACCCCGACGUCACGCGCGCGCUUAGUAGACCGUGAAGCGGCUUUACUUUUUAAAUGUCGACUAAAAAGUUGUUAUCUAAAGAGGCGGAUGGGUGACGACCAUUCUCGGCGCUUCCAUGUGAGGAGACGAUGAAGCAUUACAGCAACAGUCCCCGUCAAAAUCACAGCAGAGAGAGAGACAGCAAAAAGGGACUCUGGUUAUCCACAUUCGGGCUUCGCUUCUCCCUGCGUGAUUAUGUUUUCUGCAUGGCCACGCUGCUGCUCUUCUGCGUGGCUUCACUGGUUUAUCAGCUGAACGGAGGACCUCCUAAAGUCCUGCUGGAGAUCAGGCAGUAUCUCGGAGAAUCCACUUUUGUUGAUGACCACGGACCCCCUGCACCGAGGGUGCUGCCAUUCCCAAGUCAGGUGAUCUACAACAGGGUGGGCAAGUGCGGAAGUCGGACGGUGGUUCUCCUGCUGAGAAUACUUGCAGAAAAGCAUCAAUUUAACUUGGUCUCCUCUGACAUUCAUAACAAAACCAGACUCACAAAGCAUGAGCAGGUCAGUGGAUGGGUGGAUUUGAUGAGAAACAUUAGCACUAUUCCUCAGCCUUUUCUGUACACGAGACAUGUUCACUUUCUUAAUUUCACAAGAUUCAGAAUAGAUCAGCCUGUAUAUAUAAACAUCAUCAGAGAUCCCAUUAACCGCUUCCUCUCCAAUUACUUUUUCCGACGUUUUGGGGACUGGAGAGGAGAGCAGAAUCACUUGAUCCGUACGCCCCAGAUGAAAGAUGAUGAGCGAUAUCUGGAUAUUAAUGUUUGCAUUAUGGAGGACUACCCAGAAUGCUCGAAUCCACGCCUGUUCUACAUUGUGCCAUACUUUUGUGGCCAGCAUCCUCAGUGCAGAGAACCAGGCACUUGGGCUGUGGAGAGGGCCAAACAAAAUGUUUUGGACACUUUUCUCCUUGUGGGGAUUCUGGAGGAGUUGGAGGAUGUGUUACUCCUUCUGGAGAGACUCCUACCUCACUACUUUAGCGAUGUGCUAACCAUCUACAAAAGUCCUGCAUUUUGGAAGUUGGGGAACCUUACUGGUACAGUAAAGAAGCAAAUGCCCAGUUUUGAGGCCCUGCAGGUGCUUUACCAACGAAUGAAGUAUGAAUACGAUUUCUACAACUUCGUUCGUGACCAGUUUCAUCUCACCAAGAGAAAGAUCGGCCUUAAGUCCACCUCUCAGAACUCUGCUCACGAACCUGACUUUCUCCGUGAGCUUGCCCUCAGAACCCAUGAACCCUUGGAGGAGGAGGAAGAAGAGGAGGAAGGAGAAGAAGAAGAAGAAGAUGUAGGGCAAGAAGAUGCCAACACCUGGUUGGUUCAGCCCUGACCAUAGCUAUGGAUGUGAAGGGAUAGCAGAUAUCACAUAAACUUGAUGUUUGUAUCCGAUACACAGAAGGUUGAGUCCACAUUCCCAGCAUGCUGUUGGGUGUGUAAUAGUGAUCCCCGUGUUUUUACGGGAAGGCCCUUCAAGGCACUCUGUCCUCUCCUGGGGGAGCACAGGGGGUCUUGAAUAGAUAGAUAUAUAUUUAAGGAACCAGCAAUUAUGGCUCAGAUGUUGUUGUUUGUUUAUAUAUGUUUAUUAAAAGAGCUGUUAUAGGUCAUUUCCUGGUGAGAUGAUACAAGAUUGGGAUUACAGGGAUUGCUGGAAUGUCAGAACAGAAUGAAGAAAUAAUUAUGGAAUCUAACCAAUCUGAAUCCAGGCACUUUUUUGGUAAACACUAGUGGAAUUUUUUUUAUACUACAGUAUGAACACUAAUAAAUAUUUAAUACCUUGAAAAUCACACAUCAACUGAAGGGACACAAGGCUACUUACACACACAAACAGACAAAUUUACAGAAGACACAAUGGACCUCAACCCACCUUAGUUAGUUAAAGACCCGAACCUCAAAAGUGCCAGAAAUGACUCCACUACAAACUGUAGAAGUGCUGUAUGCUGUAACCACCCCACACAACUCAAGAGCCACAAAUCCGAUCCAAUCAUUGUUCAGUUCCUCCUCUGGAUCAAGAAACCUCCUGCAACUCUGUGCCACAAUCUGAAUGCUAAUCUUUUUUGGAAGGAUCUUUUCUUUUGGAUAUGUAAGCUGUCAUAAAAUGAACAAAGCCCUUUGAAUGUCUUGAGGAUGUUUAUGUCAAAUGCACACUAUCUAAAAUGUUUAAAGUGGAUGUUAAACAUUUUUGCCCUGUCGUUACAUCAUCUCUUGUUUUCAGUCACUGCAUAUAAUGGGGCCAAAAGAGUUCACAUUAGGUACUUGAAAAUACCUAAAAGUGAACACCUAAAAGUCUCCCAGAAUGAAAUUUCUGUCAUUUGUAAUGAAUUGUAUGCUAUUUUUUCAGUUGAAUCCAAAAGGAACAUCUUUGUAAAACUUUAUGUACCUAUUUGUCAUGAAUGGAUGUGUCAUAGUCACUACAGCUGUCAAGCUUCAAUGAAAUAAAUAUGAAAUUAGGAAUUGUGGGGCCUUUUGACACACAAACCUAUUUUGUAUGGCUUCAGAAGUCUUAUAGAAUAUGACACAUAAGUCAUAUGGACUACUCUUGUUUGUCUUAUAUGGAGGUUGACAGCUGUGGUCAGUAUGAACUAUAUAUAUUUUAAGAAAAGGUGCUUAAAGAUUUCUGACAAUUCCAGUACAGAUGACAAAUUGCAUCAUGUAAUGAAUUUGUUAAAGAAUGGUUAUAUGGUUAUAGUUAUAAACAGAAUUGUGUGUUUCCUUUUUUCUGGAUUGCUAAGCAGUGUAUAUUGUAAAAGUGCUGGAAAAUCAAGAAACAGGCUGAAAUGAAACCCAACUCACAUCAAAUCAAUGCCCAAAGCUUGCCAGUCAUUGACUCUGACAGUUCACACUAAAUAAAUUAUUUUUAAGGUAAGAGGAAAAUGUUCAUGCAUCAAUUCAGUGCGGUAUCGAUUAAUACAGAUUGGCCUAUUGGUGUAUUUUUAUUGAACUAUACUGAUAAAUUAAUAAUACAUAGCUAAAUGGAUUUGUAUAGCUAUAAGCUAUCAAGGAACUUAAUACUUCCCAUUUAAACUUGGCAGUUAAAUGUAGGUGUAUAUACUUGUUUUGUGUUCAGUGUGGAUUUUUUUAUAUUGUUUAAUUUAUUGUACAGUAUUACUUUUGAUGAUUGCAUUCCAUGUACACUACUCAGGAAAAACAUAUAUAUAUAUAUUUUGUGUUUUGGCAUCUGCUCUGGCACAGCUACAUAAUACUCGUUCAGAUACCAAAACUGAAUAAAAUAGCAUUUCAAAUUAACUUCACCUUUACAUGGAAAGCUCUCAAAAUAAAAACCUUUUAACAGC